AUGGGCAGGACUUCCUGUCGGACAUGGCCAUGACGGAGGUGGAUCGCUUCAUGGACCGGGAGCACCUCAUCUUCCGGGAGAACACCCUCGCCACGAAAGCCAUCGAGGAGUACCUGAAACUCAUCGGCCAGAAAUACCUCAAGGAUGCCAUUGGUGAGUUCAUCCGAGCCCUGUACGAGUCAGAGGAGAACUGUGAGGUGGACCCCAUGAAAUGCUCAGCCUCCACCUUGGCCGACCACCAGGCCAACCUCCGCAUGUGCUGCGAGCUGGCCCUCUGCAAGGUGGUCAACUCCCACUGCGUGUUCCCGCGGGAGCUGAAGGAGGUGUUCGCCUCGCGCCGAGCGGGGCCGUGAGGACAUCGCCGACCGCUUGAUCAGCGCCUCGCUCUUCUUGAGGUUCCUCUGUCCCGCCGUGAUGUCCCCCAGCCUCUUCGGCCUCAUGCAGGAGUACCCUGAUGAGCAGACUGCCCGCACCCUCACCCUCAUCGCCAAGGUCAUCCAGAACCUGGCCAACUUCACCAAGUUUGGCAGCAAGGAGGAGUACAUGGCCUUCAUGAAUGAGUUCCUGGAGCUGGAGUGGACCAGCAUGCAGCAGUUCCUCUAUGAGAUCUCCAACCUGGACACCCUCACCAACAGCACCAGCUUCGAGGGCUACAUCGACCUGGGCCGCGAGUUGUCCACCCU